AUGGCUGUCUUGCCGUUUUCUCGAGGUCCACUUCUAAUACUUUCGAUGUUAAUCAUUACUGUGUUCGUCUUACGUGCUUUUCUAAGUGUUCCUUCUGCAUCAAGUCUUGGAUCGCGACGACAAAUUACUAUGCUCACAUUCAACAUUUGGUAUCCUUCUGUAAAGAUGAAAGCGCGGAUGAACGCGCUAGGAGAAAUAGUGCAAAACUUGAAACCAGAUUUUUUGACUUUUCAAGAAGUGACGCUGGACAGUCUUGCACUAUUGCGAAGACAACACUGGUUUGAUCGAUAUAACGUAGUUCCACGUCACCCCGAGGUCGAAAUCAGGAAACAUGAGGGGAAGCAUUUUGUAGUUAUUUUGACCGUUUAUCCAGUAGACAAGUGGUUUAUUUACCCUUUAAAAAAUUCCCCAGUUUACCAUCGUAAGCUGGUCAGAGCAGAAACCAAGAGCGCUGUUUCUUCAAAUGUCAGAUUUGUUAUCGCAACGACUCACUUAGUACAUGCGGCUUCCAAUACGCAAAAGCGUGAGUUACAAUUAAGAGAAACACUGAAGGUUCUCUCAGGCUACAAAAAUGUGUGUGUUAUGGGUGAUAUGAACAUCAAUGAGGGUAAAUUUAAAGCUGAUGGGGAAGUUGUCUUGCCUUCCUCUUGGUCUGAUGCAUGGUUGUCGCUUCCUGAAAACACAGUUAGCAAUGGAAAUACUUGGGAUCAGAGCAGGAAUGCAUUUGCAUCCAUGCAGAGCAACACAAAUACAACAAAGAUCUAUAAAGCAAGAGUUGACCGGGUCUUCUGUAAACUGUGAGACUUUAAAGUCAAGGAAAUGAGGAUUGUUGGUAAUGAGUCGACCAAAUCUGGUCUUCUACCCAGUGAUCAUUUUGGUCUGUUCACCAUCAUUGAAUUAUCUUCCCGCAAAACUCAGCAUAAAAAAGCAUCAGCAGCAUCCGAGGUUUUCUUUAAGAGAUCACCAGACUGGAGGAAAGUGAUUAACCAAAAAGAUGAAAAAAAGCUGAUUUAAGGAGGUUAAAUCAACAAAAGUAUGCAAGCAUGUAAAAAUUUCUCAACUGUUGCACUAGAGUUUAAGAUCCCUUCCCCCACCGGCCAUGUUUGCCCCCCCUCCUCCCCACCCAACAUGCACAAUCUCACACCCAAACCUCUCAUUACCCUGUGAAGGGUAUGGUUUUCCAAGCAGUUUAGUCUGGGAUAGGGAAAAGAAAUCAAAUAAUUUGGAUCUAGAAUAAGUUAUCGUUUUCCACGAAAAUGAUCAAAUGGUUGAAGAUUUUAGUCUAGAGUGAGGAAACUGGGAAUUUACAUUAAAAGUAAUGAGAUCAGCAAAUUUGAAUUUACCAGCAACUAAUAAGGCUCAGGGCUCACAUGUCCUUCACAGCGUGCAUCUCCACCCAAAAGUUUCUGAACUAGACCUGCUCCCCCUGUCUGCUGAUAGUGAUUCGUCAUCUUUAAUAAGUUAAAAUGGAUUUCUUUUUUAUGAAGAAAGUAAGAUAAGCAGUUGCUCUCUAGUUUUCAAACUUAUUUACGGUACCUUACCCAAUUAUUUAAACAAAGAUUUUACUGUUAAUAAUCAAGUUCAUACUAGAAAUACCAAGUAUGCGCUAAAUCUUUUUAACUUCUUACUUUAUCGAUGUCAAUACUUUUUAUUUGCUUCUGAACUGAUUUAGUAUGCGUGUUAGUGAUGACCAGAAAUACCUCUGCGGCAGCAAGCUAUACGCGUGUAUAAAUAAAUGAAAAUUCAAGGGCCUCAAUACCAGAGAAAUUACAUCAUUGUCAGAUAUCCAAAAAAGUGAUUUACAUGGCACGUCAAUUCAAUCAUUGCCAAAAAUAAAUCGAAUGCUCAUCACUAGACACAUUUGCAUACAGUGACAAGCUGUUAUGACGUACAUGGUAGUUGGCGAAAACAUUAAAAGGGAAAUGGUCUUAUCGCCAAAUGAUGAAGAAGUAGCUAAUUCUUCUAAAAAACAUACCCAACUCUACCCGACCAUCGCAAUUUUGCUAAUUAAGAUUCUUAUUUUUUUCAACCACUCAGUAGUGUUCACUUGUUCCAAAGUAAUCAACGCUUUCAAUUAAUAGAAUUCGUGGACCGACACGUUUCGGAAAAGCUCUAAACUUAAUCUUUCCUAAGCUUUCUUUGCAAAAUGUGCGUGGCUUCGAUCACGCAACGAUUCUUAGUCCCAGUUUCCAUGGUCUCCCCAAGGAAUGCCUAGCACAAUGCCCUCCCUUUUGUGUCCUUAAUACGACCAAAAAUUCUGGGGGUUACUUCCAGAAAAAUUGGAUGGGGGUGUGGGCAAGCUUCCUGAAAUCCUUGACCUAUUUCGGACCAAAAUCUGUGAUCUUCUUUACCCUAUCCCUGGAGCCCGGUGCAUGACUAGAGCGCGUGACAAGCUGUUACGGCACAUACACGGUAGUUGGCGUAAACAUUAAAAGGGAAACAGUCUUAUCAUCAAAUGAUGAAGAAGUAGCUAAUUCUUCUAAAAAACAUACCCAACUCUACCCGACCAUCGCAAUUUUGCUAAUUAAGAUUCUUAUUUUUUUCAACCACUCAGUAGUGUUCACUUGUUCCAAAGUAAUCAACGCUUUCAAUUAAUAGAAUUCGUGGACCGACACGUUUCGGAAAAGCUCUAAACUUAAUCUUUCCUAAGCUUUCUUUGCAAAAUGUGCGUGGCUUCGAUCACGCAACGAUUCUUAGUCCCAGUUUCCAUGGUCUCCCCAAGGAAUGCCUAGCACAAUGCCCUCCCUUUUGUGUCCUUAAUACGACCAAAAAUUCUGGGGGUUACUUCCAGAAAAAUUGGAUGGGGGUGUGGGCAAGCUUCCUGAAAUCCUUGACCUAUUUCGGACCAAAAUCUGUGAUCUUCUUUACCCUAUCCCUGGAGCCCGGUGCAUGACUAGAGCGCGUGACAAGCUGUUACGGCACAUACACGGUAGUUGGCGUAAACAUUAAAAGGGAAACAGUCUUAUCAUCAAAUGAUGAAGAAGUAGCUAAUUCUUCUAAAAAACAUACCCAAUUUAAUACUAGACUGCACAAACCAUACCCUAUUUCAGACAAAAAUGGUCGAAAUUGAUAUCCUAUUUCCGACCAAAACAGCUA